CAGUCACUCUCAGAUGCCCGCGCCCUCUGCAGUUGACCAUUGACCACCUUCUUAUUGGCGCGGCUCUUCUCGACAUAGAGCUACCUCUCAGUUAUGACGAUUGCAGAGAGUGUGAAAGAGGCCGUUGGCCUGGGCCAGACUUCUGGCGCCCCAGCCUCCCGAGAAGCAAUGUCCGAGGCGAGAGUACCUCUAGCGUACCGCGAUAACUGCGCCGGCCUCCUCAUUCCUCUGAACAAAUGCCGACACGAUACCUUCUUUGCGAUCUGGAAGUGUGAGAACGAGAGACAUGCCUAUGAAAAAUGCCAGUACGAGGAAUUCAAGAAACGAGUCGCCAAAAUGGAGGAACUACGCAAGGCAGCGAACAAUGAGGCAGCAGCAUAGGUUGAGUAGCAAAAGUGGAGGGUGUGAUGGUCUCUCCAGCUUAUCACUGUAUAUAGGAUGAAAUGUGGGAGCUCAUUAGAAGCAUCUCUUCGACUGGCGUUAUUAUCAAUUGGGAAUCCGGCCUAGGGACAAGCAUGAGAGGAAAGGCAUCAAGCCACGAAGCUGCUUCAUAGAGAUGAGUGCAGUUUCAGUGAGUGAUUGAAUACUCAAAUUGACCCGAUUUCAGAACAUGUUGGCUUCAAUCCAACUGGUCUCAACAGUAGACCGUGGAAGCGGUUCUAGCGUUGCACAGCCCAUGGCGUGGAAUGAUUGCCUAGCUAGGACACUACCCAACUUCUCUUCCAAAUGACCAUUUGAGACUGUCACAUGUACUGGGGUCGUUGGGAAUGAGGAAGGAUUUCAUGUCGACGCAUAUGCAAGUCUUCGAGAGAAGGCGGCGUGCCGUUCCGCUUGCCCUAUAACAAAUGAUCCCCCACGCUCGCUAAUCCGCCUGGCAGGACUGGCGUAAAUGAUGUGAUUUUGAAUAGCCAACUA